AAAAAAGGUCAAGGUCAUUGGAUUAAAAAUGGCAGCUGUAGAAGGAGACGGGCUAGAGAGGAGGGUUUCCGUUCCCCAUGAGGAGACUCCUACCUCCCCUACGGUCCUUCCUUGGGACAGGUUCUCCAAUUGGAUCCAUUGUGCGUGUGUUGUCACAUUCGAUUUGGAGCUGGGUCAGGCAAUGGAGCUGAUUUAUCCAGGCCAUGUUAAGCUGACAGAUGUGGAGAAAACAAACAUUUGCUAUUUGUCUUUCCCUGAUUCCAAUUCAGGAUGUAUGGGAGACACACAGUUCCAUUUCCGGAUUCGUCAGAGUCCGGGCCGGAGACAUUUUCCAAAGUCAGCGAUCCAGAAAGACUACCCUCACCAACUACAGGCAGACAAUGGUUAUUUGUACGGUUUUGUGUAUUUCCGCCAAACAAAAGACAAAAGCAUCAAAAGAGGAUACUUUCAGAAGUCAGUGGUGCUGGUUUCCAGGCUCCCGUUCAUAGCUUUGUUUAACCAGUUGGUCAGUAUUAUUGCCCCAGAGUACUUUGAUAACGGAGAGCCAAGUCUGGAAGCAGCCUGUCAUGACAUUGACCAAUGGCAGUGUCCGCUAGGUGGAGACACUGUCAGUCUGCCCAUAUUUGGAACAGUCUUACAGGUCCGGAUCCCCUCGCGGUCGGACAAGCUUCUAGACAGGGUACCAAUCAAAACCACCCCAUCACCUGUUCUUCCAGCCCCAUCCAUCUUGCCUUCUCUCUAUGAAAUUGACAUCUUCAGCUCCUUUCAGACCAUUCUUCCUCACAUUCAGAUGUUGUGGGAGCUGGUGCUUACAGGAGAGCCUUUGGUUGUCAUGGCAGCAUCUCCAUCAGUGACCUCAGCAGCAGUCCAAGCCUUAAUAAGUUUGAUUGGACCACAGAAGUAUUGCUCAGACUACCGGCCAUACUUCACAAUUCACGACAGCGAAUUUAAAGAGUACACAACAAAAACCCAGGCUCCACCUUCAGUUAUAUUGGGGGUUACCAAUCCAUUUUUUGCCAAAACAUUACAGCACUGGCCUCACAUUAUAAGGAUAGGAGAGAUGAUGACUCAAGUGCCUAAAGGAUUUAAUAAACUAAAGAAAGUCAGCAGCAUGAAGACCCUGGAUGCCAAACCAGGGGUUUACACAAGGUACAAACAGUUCCUGGCCAAGGAUAAAGGAAUUCUCAAACGAAUCAUCAAGGGAAUGCAAGCGAAACGACCAGUGGAAGCCCAGAAUGCAAUUCUUCGACGGUACUUCCUUGAGUUGACGCAAAGCUUUAUGAUACCAUUGGAACGUUACAUGGGAAGUCUGAUGCCUCUACAAAGAAAUAUUUCUCCACAUAAGUGCCCCCCAAGUCUUCGCCCCUUUGACACUGAUGAGUUUCUGAGCACCCUGGAACGCUCUGGUCCUCAGCUGACCUCUGGGAUCAAGGGAGAUUGGGAGGGGCUCUAUCGCCGGUUCUUCCGGAGUCCGAACUUUGAGGGGUGGUAUCAGCACCGGCAAUCAGAGGUCAACCAAAAACUGCAGGUUCUGCAUUUGGAGGCCCUCUGUAAUGCUGAUCUGGCGGAUUGGAUUCAGGACAAAGAGGAAGUGGAAGUGGUGGAUCUUAUUCUGCGAAUCCGAGAGAAACUUGCUUUCGCUGUCAAUAAUGAUAUUGCUAUAAAUGAAGAAAGUGUUCACAAACUGAAGAAACACUUGGAUGUGAUUGUUACCUCCCUUCCUGAUGAUCUUCAGUCUGUUCUCAAGAGUUGACACCAGAGGAAGUCAUAACAGGAAGUAACUGGUGCACGUGCUCAGUGGUGCUCAGGUCAUCGUGUAUUUGAUGACAUAUGUGCUAUAAGGAAACACAGGAUACUAGUCAAGACAUGUAAAUAAAUAGAUGCACUGAAGUAGAUCUGGUUGCCAUACUCACUUACAUGUAUCUGUGAGUGAAAGUUUUAUGUGUAUGUGUACAGAGUACAUGUACUAGACAGUAGUAAGUUCAAGCAGAGACUUUCUACAUUAUGUGCAGAUAUUCCUAUUUGUAUGUACAAGAGUCUUUGUAAAAGAAGACUAGGAAACACAUUUUUGUAUAAAUUAGGAAAAGUACAGGCAUUGGAGAUUGAUGAGAUUCACACUCACGCGUACUGUCAAUAAAUUAGCUCCUGUGCAUAAAUGUAAAAAUGGAAGAAAAAAGGUGGUCCAUCAAAAGCUUUAAGCUAUUUUGACUUACAUUAUGGAUGUCAUUUUGAUAGAAUCAUUUUAACCAAACUCUAAAGGAAAGAAAUUCAAAAGCUUUUGACAUGAAUUGGCUGAUUUUAAGAAACUAGAUUUUAUAUCCAUAUAAUUGUAUGAGACUUUUACAAGGUACAACGUUUUUGAGAUAUUUUUUUUAUCAUGGUUAAGAAGACGUACUUGGAUAUUUAUUCACAACAUAAUGGAAUGCUGAAGGCAUUAGAUUUUUUCUGCAUCAAUUUUUUUAAAUAAAAUUUUUUCCAUGGCUUUUAUCAAAACUCUAGAAUAAAGGGGCCUUAUAUAAAAUGUUAUAAAUGUAGUAAACAAAAUGUAUGUAAAUUGUAUGUCGAUCAAAUGUUAGAAAUGAUUUUCUUUUAUAAUUGUAUUGAUCUGAUACGUUUCUGGAGAAUAAAAACAGGUGGGGAUUUUGGUCUUUAGCUUUGCACAGAUCUCACAGACACCCUGUUGUUAUAUGUUGUCUAAUUAAGCCUGGGGAUGGAGUAAGCCU